AUGGCGUCCGAGCUGGCCAACAAGCUCGAGGCGACCACCCUCGACGAUGCAUCAGCUUCAGGUGAUUGGAAGUCGGCAUUGAAAGCGCCGCCAAAAGACGGAAGACAACAGACGGAGGAUGUCACUGCAACCAAGGGCCUAGAGUUUGAAGAGUUCUAUCUGAAGCGCGAGCUAUUGAUGGGCAUCUACGAAGCUGGGUUCGAGAAGCCCUCGCCCAUUCAAGAAGAGACGAUUCCUGUUGCGCUCUCUGGCCGCGACGUACUGGCACGUGCCAAGAACGGCACUGGAAAGACGGCUGCCUUUGUCAUACCCACACUCGAGCGCAUAAACCCCAAAGUCGAUAAGAUCCAGGCUCUGCUUCUUGUGCCAACGAGAGAGUUGGCCCUUCAAACCUCGCAAGUAUGCAAGACUCUUGGCAAACACCUUGGAAUCAACGUCAUGGUCACCACGGGAGGCACGGGCCUCCGAGAAGACAUCAUCCGACUCAGCGAUCCUGUGCACAUUGUUGUCGGCACACCUGGCCGUAUUCUCGAUUUGGCGGGCAAGGGCGUCGCUGAUCUCUCAGAGGUCAAGACAUUCGUCAUGGACGAAGCCGACAAGCUCCUAUCCCCGGAGUUCACAGUCACCAUUGAGCAGCUGCUCAAGUUCCAUCCCAAAGAUAGACAGGUCAUGCUGUUCUCCGCAACCUUCCCUGUGGUGGUGAAGGACUUCAAGGACAAGCAUAUGAGUGACCCACACGAAAUCAACCUCAUGGACGAACUUACCCUUCGAGGUAUCACGCAAUACUACGCUUUCGUUGAGGAGAAGCAGAAGGUCCACUGCCUCAACACUCUCUUCAGUCGACUUCAAAUCAACCAGUCCAUCAUUUUCUGCAACAGCACCACUCGUGUAGAGCUGCUUGCAAAGAAGAUUACCGAACUCGGCUACUCAUGUUUCUACUCGCACGCCAAGAUGCUGCAACAUCACCGCAAUCGCGUUUUCCACGACUUCCGCAAUGGUGCCAUGCGCAACCUCGUUUGCUCAGACUUGUUGACUCGCGGUAUCGACAUCCAAGCCGUCAACGUUGUCAUCAACUUCGAUUUCCCAAAGAACGCAGAGACGUAUCUCCACCGUAUCGGUCGUUCUGGUCGUUUUGGACAUCUUGGUCUUGCAAUCAACCUUAUCAACUGGGAAGACAGGUUCAAUCUGUACCGCAUCGAGCAGGAGCUCGGUACUGAGAUCAAACCUAUCCCACCGUCCAUCGAUAAGAAACUUUAUGUUUACGACACUCCCGAAAACAUUCCAAGACCUAUCAGCUCGGCCCCAGCACAGAGGCAGCAACAGGGACAACAGGGCAGACAGCAGGGCAAUGGACAGGACUUGCAGAACCCUGCGAAUCGCACGACCGGUGGCUACCGCGGAGGUAGAGGUGGUGGGUUCGGCGCAGGCAGAGGUCGUGGAGGACCUCGCAACGACCAAAACGGAUUCCAGGGACAGCAGAGGCAGGGUGGCUACCAACAGCGGCCCAACCAACAACAGAUGGCGCCGGCUGGUCCGCCUGCAGCUCAGGCCUAG